AUGGGUCUCGUCACGUUGAAAAACCUCCUGUUUGGGCGGACACAGGCUCCCGCCCGCAAGAACUCCAACGAGCGCGCCGAGAGCACCAUGUCGGACGACACCAUCACCGAGAGGGACCUCGAAAGACAACCCCUCCUGGGCGCCAGGACGGCGUCCUCGGCGACGAUGAACACCGUCAUGUCCACCACGUCCACGGCCUCCGAGAGCGACUCGCGCAGGUUCCGCAUCGACGCUCGUGUCAUCUCGGACGCCACGAUCGGUCUGUCGGACGGCUUGACGGUGCCCUUCGCCCUCACGGCCGGUCUGUCUGCGCUGGGCCAGACGAAAGUUGUCAUCUACGGCGGCAUGGCUGAGUUGAUCGCCGGAGCCAUCUCGAUGGGUCUGGGAGGAUAUCUCGGAGCCAAGAGCGAGGCCGCCUCUUACAAAGAAACACUAAACGAGUGUACCCGCCUGACGCAAGACGACCCCAACAUGGCCCGCGCCCAGGUCCGCGAGGUCCUCGAGCCGUACGACCUCCCCAAGCACACUCUCGAGGAAGUGACAGACCACCUCUCGACCUCCCCGCGCCUCAUCGACUUCCUCAUGCAGUUCCACCACUGCGAGCAGGAACCCGCCUCCAACCGCGCCUUCGUCUCCGCCCUCACCAUCGCCGCCGGCUACCUCCUCGGCGGCCUCGUCCCGCUCUUCCCCUACUUCUUUGUCCCCUCCGAGGACGUCUACCUCGCCCUCUACGUCUCCGUCGCCGUCAUGGCCGUCGCCCUCUUCGCCUUCGGUUACGUCAAGACGUGCAUCGUCUCGGGCUGGCAGGGCUACCGGUGCGUCAGGCAGGCCGUCGUCGGCGGGCUCGAGAUGGUGGUUGUUGGCGGCGCGGCGGCGGGCGCGGCGAUGGGUCUCGUGAAGGCUUUUGAUCAACUGGCGCAGACGGAUGACGUGUCGGCGCUGGCGCGCAGGAUAUUUUAA